AUGGCUCGUUCCCCGCCCUCCUCGCAGAGCCUGUUACGAUUUCUAAAGCAGGCGCGUCAAUCACAUCUGAAUUUCAUUGCCGGGGGCUUGUCAUCCUCCUCGCGGACAGAGACUCCCAUCUACGUGGUGGGAAACCCUUCGGCCGAUCUUGACUCCGCCAUCUCCGUCAUUGUCUAUUCUUAUUUCGCCCAUAAUCGCAUUCCAAUUGAUUGUCCUCGACCUCAUAUUCCCCUGAUAAAUCUACCAAAUGUUCCUUCUGGUCCAGAACUGCGCAGGCUCCGCCCAGAGUUUGUAAAAGCUUUCUGCCUCGCUACCACAACCCCCUCAGUUGAGGGGGAGGACGUAUGGGAUGAGACCCCCGAAACCGCAGGACGGAUCCUCCACGAACAUAUUCUCACCGUUGCAGACUUUGCAGCCCAUCUAAAGCAAUAUCAUGCUGAUCAUACGCACCAUCGGAUCACCACAGAUGCCACACUCCUGGACUGGAACGCACUACCCCACCGAGCGCCCAACGGCCAACGGGGAAAGGGAUCGAUAGAUGGUUUGCCCUCGGUCGACUUCUGCACGGUGGGCUGCAUCGAUCACCACGUGGACGAAGGCUUUCUCCCGCCCGUCGAAUCCCUCCCGCGCGGUCAGCCGCUGCUUGUGCGGCCUGCGGGCUCCUGUACUUCGCUUGUGGUCUCGACACUGCGAGAGCUGGAUCUCUGGCAGGCUGACACCGAAGGAAACACCACCUCAACUGAGAUGAUGCAGCUCGCCAAGCUCGCCCUAGCCCCUGUUCUCAUUGACACGACCAACCUCACCGCCAAGGACAAAGUCACCGACGCCGAUACAGACGCAGUACACUUCCUGCUCUCCAAAAUUGACCGGUGUAAGUCCACACCCGGCUCAAGCUGGGACCGUGACGCCUUCUACGAGCAGAUCCUCCACGCCAAGCAAAACAGCCUCGAUUUACUCACCGUAGACGAGAUCCUCGGUCGAGACUACAAGCAAUGGACCGAGACGGCCCACCAGGACUCUAGUUCCAUUCAUAUUGGCUUCUGCUCGAUGGUCAAGUCGAUUCCGUGGAUCGUACGGAAAGCGGGGAGCCCGGAGGUGUUCCUGGAUGCUCUGCAGGCAUUUGCAAAGCGCCGGGAACUAGGGAUCGUGGUUGUCAUGACGGCGUUUACCUCGUCUGCGCAGAACGGCAGGUUCUGUCGCGAGUUGAUUGUCUGUGCUCUACACGAUGGGCCGGCGGUUCAGGCGCUGGAGGCAUUUACUGCGCAGGCUGGCCCGCAGCUGGGGUUAGAGGAAUGGAACUCGGUCGAGGGCGACUCUGAGGAUUAUACGCAGGUCAAGUCUGCUUUCAACGGCGAUGCCCCUGUAUGGAGGCGUAUCUGGCUUCAGAAGGAUGUGACCAAAAGCAGGAAACAGGUCGCUCCGUUGGCGAGAGGUGCCGUUACAGGUCAAUGA